GGCUGCAAUUUUUCAGUUGAAGAUAGUUUUCCUCCGAGACCUCAGACCAUUCCAUUAGUGUAUGUUUCCCCAGAUUUAUCACGGUGUAACCAUUGAAAAAUAUUUAUGUGUCCACAAGAUUUGUAAAGUUUUGACAACCUUGUAUUAAUCGGAGGCCAAGAGGCGGAAAUUUGAAUUUGUUUCACUUUCCUCCUUUUCAAAGUCGAGACGGGAUUUUUACCAGGCAUUAUUUGAACAACAAACGUCCCUGCAUAGUGCCUGAGGAAAUAGACUCGUCCCGGAGCAUAAAUGGCUUUCUGACCUUUUGUCCAUCGGACAAUUGUGGGCGGGCUUUGUUUAUAAACAAAACCUAGCGCUUACCUGGAGACCGGACACUUACUAAUCAAAUUCUGCACACUUGUCAACUUUGUUUUCACCCCAUGGGCGGUUUUUCCCUUUCGAACUCUACACGGUCAGAACAAAGAAUUCUUCAGAAUUUACUACAUUUGUCUGGUGGAAACGAGGAUGGGUAUGAUGAAUCUCAGCUAGAUCAUUUCACUAGGGAACACCUUGCUGGCAAUUAUAUGAUUUUCACGGAUGGUUCUGUGGUGGAAGGUAAGGCUGGGUUUGCUCUUUACGACUCAGUACGGAGGAAGAAUAAAACAUUUUCUCUCCCUGCAAAUAGCUCCAACUUCUCUGCCGAAUCCAUGGCUAUUCUAAAGGCAUUAGAGUAUGUAAAGAAAAUAGAUGUUAAGAAAAUUGCUAUCGUGACUGAUUCAAAAAGUAUUGUCUCCCACAUAGAGAAAAUAAAUACCAAUUCGGACCAUGUAACAGUAAAUAUUUUGCUAGUGUAUAGGGAACUGGUCAACAGCGGAAAAAAUAUAACUGUAUGCUGGAUUAGAGGGCAUUCAGGAAUACGCGAGAAUGAGCUGGUAGAUGUGAAGGCGAAACAGGCUAUCGAUACAGGGGAAUUCUGCGAAUAUAAAUAUACAAAAAGCGAUUGUAGACGUUUACUCAAUGCGAGUUGGCUAUCUGAGUGGCAGGAAUUUCAUAGUGGCUCCGCAGGCGGAUCACUGUAUCGGUCCAGGUUCCCCGUGGUACCCAAGGCUCCGUGGUUUCAAGGAUGCAGGGCAACUCGCGACUUCCAAACAGUACUCACACGGAUCAGAAGCAACCAUGGCUUAUGGGGUGCUCAUAAAUAUAAGAUUGGCCUGAGACAAUCUGCCAAUUGUGCUUCCUGCGAUUGUACAGAGGACAUGAACCAUAUAAUUAUGAAAUGCCCAGAAUACGAGGAUAUGAGAAUCUCAUUAGUGGCAUCGAAUCCUUGGUUGGAGUGGCCAGACCUUUUUCAUUGCAAACUUUAAUUACAACUGGGAGAAGAGACAUAUACCAUCUAAUUUAUUGUUUCAUAAGGGAAAGUUGCAUUGAGGUGUAAUUCAAAGGUAGACAUGUAACAUGGGGCGCGUGCUUCGGCUCGGGU